CUUCCCUUUGUUCCUCAUCCCUUUCCUGUGCUGGUGUGUGACUGCCUGUGGCCACCUCUCUUUCUCACUCUAUGAAAGGGAUCACACAUGCCACAUCUCUCUCUAAUUCCCCUUAGGCCCUAGCUGAGAGAGACUGAUAGCAGCUCUCGGCUCCUCUUGCCUCUCUUUUAUAAAAAAGGACAUGCCCUCUCCACGCUGUCCAUGAUCACUCUGGGCCCUUGUAAAUUGCCCCUCCAACUGCAGAUCUCCUCUCCAUCUCCCUGCCCUUAUAUGCAUCCUGAUCUCUCUUUCAUCUUCCCACAGUGUUUGCUGCUACCUUUCUAGCUAGCCAGAUCUCUUUCUCUAGCUCCUCUCUCGUUCUAUCUCUUCUCUCAUGUCUACCAUCUACAUGAGUCAACUGUCUACUCUCCCUCUAAUGGAGGGAGGUCAGGAUCAGGGACUCUUUCCUGCCUUCCAUAUAGCAAAGGACCCUCCUAUCUUGUUCCCUUUUAUGAUCAACAACCCUGUAGAUCAGCACCAAGGGCAAAGCUAUGGAGACCAGCACUUGAAGCAGCAAGUUUUGGCUGAAUCUAGUCAACAGUUCAACGAUCACAUGAUGAUGAGCGGAUCAGAUGCCUUCCCUACGCCGUCACCGUUCCGGCCGACCAUUCAAAGCAUCGGCAGUGAUAUGAUCCAGCGAUCCGCGUAUGAUCCAUACGAUAUCGAGAACAAGCGUGCUGACGGAUCGACCAGCAGUUGGCCAGCAAAGAUGAAGAUCGUGCGGAAGGCGAUGAGCGAGUAUCCCGAGGGCGGGGCGGCGAGAAAGCCAAGGAGAAGAGCACAAGCACACCACGAUGAGAGCCAGCAACAGCAACAGCAGGCUAUAGGUGUCAUUAGAGUGUGCUCCGACUGCAACACCACCAAGACCCCCUUGUGGAGGAGUGGUCCUUGUGGCCCCAAGUCUCUUUGCAACGCAUGCGGCAUAAGGCAAAGGAAGGCACGGCGGGCGAUGGCCGCGGCCGCGGCCGCAGCAGCUGCUGCCGGCAACGGCGGGGCAGCAGCAGGCGCGGCAUACAUCGACGCGCAGGGGAAACCGGCCAAGAAGGAGAAGAAGGCGGACGUCGACCGGUCGCUGCCGUUCAAGAAGCGUUGCAAGAUGGUGGUCGUCGAUCGUGCUGCCGCAGCCGUCAAGGCGACGCCCGCAGUCGCCGCUCCGACGAAGGAUCAGGAUCAUGUUGCCGAUGACAACGUCGUGGCGGCGACGAGUCUGCAGAGAAAGGGCACCCCUCCUCCGGCGAUGUCGUUCCACACGUUCCCCGCCGACGAGAUCACCGACGCCGCCAUGCUGCUCAUGACUCUGUCUUGUGGGCUCGUCAGCAGCUAGUUACUGAGAUCAGAUCACUAGUCGCGAUUGAUGAGUGCAACUUGAUUUUAAACUAAUAAUAAGUACGUAUCAUAUUGCGUGUCUUUUCUCGUUUAAUUUUGCGUCGAUGAAGAGGAUCACCUGAAGGAAGAGAGAUAGAUUGAUCACAUGUCCAAGGAAAUAAUAAGCAAAAAACUCUCGCGAGCUAGUAAUUAGCACCAGAAUUUGCUAUAAGAGUGAGUUUUUUACCCUUUUCCCCUGUCGCGGCUAAGUAAUCAAGUCACUAUAUGUUAUGCUACUUUGUUCCUUAAUUUGUAUUAGUUAUGUUUUGGAUUGGAGCUAAUAAUAUCGAGGAGAUCGAGCAAGAAGAGAAUCACUACUACUUUGUUCCUUAAUUUGUAUUAGUUAUGUUUUGUUCGUUGGUUGUCUGUCGUUCAUGGCAUUUUUCUCCCUGUGUACAU